AUGAACUUCUUUUUAGACUAUGCAAUUUGUAACCGUGGGAUGAGCGCCUACCCGCCCAAGGAGUACCAGCACCUCGACCAAGGGACCAUUUCCUACCCAGCUUGCUCAGGUACCACUCCAGCCUGUGACAGCUAUCACUCAGAUGGGUGCUUUGGGGUGAUAGGGGUGGGUGCUACUGGGCCCAAUGCCCACCACCAACAGAGCCCCAGCUACCCUCCUCCUCUUCCUCACAGCCCAGCUGGCCUUGGCAUCUCCUUCACCAGCCCCUCUCACCAAGGAGGGGGAGGGGGAUACACAAACUCAGGUUGCAACCCCAGCUUCACCAACCCUCAGUUCUAUCAUAGUUCCCCAGAGACGGAUGGAGCCUAUUUUCAGACCUCGGCCUACCCUGCCAGCUUGGCUGCAACUUCCUCCCAUUCCUCUUCCCAUCUAGCGGGAAGUAUACCUGAUGCAUUUUGUGCAGCUACCCAGGGCCAAUUCCAACCACACCAAUAUGGCUCUGAUCAGGGGGGUUACUUGCAAGGGGCUUUGGGCAAUCUUUCCCCACCUCUAUCUGAGAACAAAGAGCCGAGGGCUUGCCGGGCCCAUCCAUGUCCCACCGCUGCUGCUGCUGUUGCUGCUGCUGCCACUGCUACCAUCAGCCAGACCUUCGACUGGAUGAAAGUGAAAAGAAAUCCUCCCAGAACAGCGAAAGUGACUGACUAUGGAUUAGCCGUCAAUGCCAGCACGAUCCGGACCAAUUUCACCACCAAGCAACUAACAGAGUUGGAGAAAGAGUUUCACUUCAGCAAGUAUCUCACUCGAGCCAGGCGGGUGGAGAUCGCUGCUACUUUGGAGUUGAACGAGACUCAGGUAAAAAUCUGGUUCCAGAAUCGGAGGAUGAAACAGAAGAAGAGGGAAAAAGAAGGAUUGGCUGGUCCCCAUCCCACCGCCGCCGCGGCUUUCCGCGACUCUACCAAGGAAAGCAGCGAAGCUGCGUCUGACAGAUCCAGCGGGUCCUCCACCCCCGAAGCUUCUCCCAGCUCGGUGUCCUCUUGA